GUGUAGUUUCCUGAAAGUCGUAUCACAAAAUCGUAUUACAAAUCAAUCGCAACAAAAUGCAGUUGAAAGCACUGUUCUUCCUCCUCUUCGCCGCCACCAUCUCCUACGCUAUUGCUGACAGUAGCUCCAGCGAAUCGAAGGAAACAGCGGUAGAUGCACUUAAGAACAUCGGUAAAUCUGCUGAUAACAUAAUAAAACAAUUUGGAAAAGGAGCUUCAGCCAUAGCAAAAGGUAACUUGGGCACCGUCAACUUGACCAAGGCGCUCAAAGCGGCGGAGGACCGAUUGAAAUUACCGAAUCUCUCGAAAUAUUCGAAGGAGGCGAAAUCACAGAUUGAGGCAGCCCGAGAUCAGGUUGCAAACGCGCUGGAAGAAGGCUCGGCCGAUUUAUUAGCCGCCCUCAAGAAUGGGAUACAAUUAGCACUCCGCAGCAGCGAAUCUAUCGAAGCCUUGGUAGACAUCUUCGAUGUGAUUAGGAACGUGUACCUCGAAAUAGCGAUAAAAAAUCCACUUAUCAUUGGUCUGAGCGUGAUCGAAGAUGGUGUUCUGAUAUGUCAAGUUAUCGUCGAAAGCGCGAAGGUGGCCGUGAAAGCGUAAAGAA